AUGAAAAGUAGGGAGCGGAUCACCGGCGAUCGCUUCAAACUCCGUUGCCUCCGUUGGUGGACAGUUGCUGCGGCAUUGCGUGAGGACGCAGCAGUGCAGAGCGCCGACUUCUUGGCAAAGCAGCCGGAUGCGGAAACGGUCAUUCAGAAGGAGCUCCACAAGGCAAGAGACUGGGCCGCGCAGGCCCAGGCCUACUCCAAGCACGCUCAGCAGACGGCUGCAGAGAUGAGGAAGCUGCCACAGGAGGCGGCUGCCUCCGUUGGCAAGGCAGUUGAGGAGGAGGUCCAGAAGGAAGCCUACAUGGCCGCAGAAAGAAGAGCUGCAGGGCCAGUCGAGUCUGAGCAGGCACAAGCUGAGCGCCUGGCUGCAAAGCAAGUCGCUGCAGCUGAGCCAUACAAGCAAGCCGUCGAGCGAGCUCGGCAGAAUGUGCAGCUGUCCCUUGCGCACUCUCAGGCGGCCGCCAAUGCCGUCGACCGACUUGCUGAGGAGUCGCAGGCCAUGGCGCGCAAAGCGCAGGCCUUGCAGGAUGAAGGGGCCGCCCUGCCAGCACAGCAGGCAAUGCUGAAGGCACAUCAGCGGAUGAAGCAGUCGAUGGACAUGCGCUACUGGGUGAAGAAGUUCUACAAAGAUGCCUCUCAGUGGAAUGAUGCCAUUGGCCCCUUUCAGCAGCAGCAGCAGAUGGCCGUGAGCGCCGUGAGCUCGGGCUCUGCCCCGGCGCCCGAGCUGCCUCCGCUGCCCCGAUGA